UCGGUAAUGUUCGAGUAAAAGGCGGUUCUUUGUCUUCAGGAAAUAAUCUGCAAGUUGUAUGCACGUUUUGCCAGUGGACAGGAUGGAUGCUACUCAACAGAUUGAAGAUCCUUUCACUGAAGAAGAAGAAGAUGAUGAUGAUGAGAAAGAAGAGAACAAGGAAGGAUCAAAAAGAGAACAGGUGGCAACACUGAAGGUGUUUAAAAAUGACCACGUUCCAGAGACAGAAUUCCCUCUCUACGUUGGCGAAAACGUCUUGGGUCGUGAUCCUGUUGCCUGUUCUGUUCUGCUUCCGGCCCGAUCUGUGUCUGGUCGCCAUGCUGUCAUCUCCAUCUCUGUGUUCCGCUCUAGUAACAAUCGUCCCAGUGACAUCGAAGCCGUUGAAGCACUAUUAUGGGACACUGGCAGUUUAAAUGGAACCAGAAAAGGCAGAUUAAAGCUGACGCCUCAAGUGAGAUACGCUUUGGCCGAGGGAGACAGUGUGGUAGUUGCUGACAUUCCGUGCCAAUAUAUCAGGCUACACGUUUCGAAAAGAGACACACAGUCAGUUCCAAAGGAGAAAGGAGCACUCAAGCAUGAGAAAAAGGAAAGUCCAUCAGUGCCCAGCAGUCAUUCAGAGCCAAAGAUAAGGAAAGGAGUGCUGAAUGAGAACGUGAGAGGUGCCUUGCCUCCCGUGCCUUUAUGGAGUCCUGAGGAAGAAGAACCUAAGAGUGCAGUCAGCCUUUGUUCACCACAGCCAGCUUACAAGCAGCCUGAGAUCACCCUGGUGCCUGAUUCUGACUCGGGUUCAGAUGGAGAGAGUGCUACAGAUGAGAAGAGAGAUGUAGUUUCAGACUCGGCAUCCUCCUCACAUCUGGUAAGCCCUUCAGAUUCAACAUUCCUGACCCCAGCCAAAAAAGUAAUUCCAGAAAGUGAGGAUGAGAGCUCCAUUACUCCAUCUUCAGCCACAAUGGACCAAUUUAAAGUGAAAGACAGCUUCAGUGAAGUCUGUUCAGACUCCUCUAAGACUGGCCCGCUGGCUCUAAACUUAGACAGUGACACUGAUAUUGAGGAAGAGGAGACGGACAGAGACAGGAAUGGAGCAGAUGCUCACACUAAAGUAGCUUCAAAGGUGGAACCUGUAUAUUUAGGUGAUCUACAUAUGGACAGUGAUACUGAUGUAGAGGAAGAGGAGACUGAUAACAGCAAAGCUGAACCUGAAGCUCAGAAAGUACAUUUAAAGGAAACGGUAUCUUCAACUGGUCUUCAUUUAGAUAGUGAUACUGAUGUUGAGGAAGAGGAGACCGAGAAAAGUAAGACUGAACAACAGGCUCUUAAUAAAGAAGCUUCAAGGGUGGAAUCUGUAACUUCAGCUGAUCUUCACAUGGAUAGUGAUACUGAUGUUGAGGAAGAGGAGACAGAGAAAAGCAAGAGUGAACAACAGGCUCUUAAUAAAGAAGCUUCAAGGGUGGAAUCUGUAACUUCAGCUGAUCUUCACAUGCAUAGUGAUACUGAUGUUGAGGAAGAGGAGACAGAGAAAAGCAAGAGUGAAACAGAGACUCAGAUUAAACAAGCUCCAGAGGUGGAACCUCUAACCUCAUCAGAUCUUCAUAUGGACAGUGAUACUGAUGUCGAGGAGAAUGAUGCCACCCAUAAUGCUGAACCUCCCAAAGUUGUAGCAGUUUCAGAAAGCCCUCUAUCUGCUCAUGCGGAAAUACACUUGGACAGCGACACUGAUGUAGAAGAUGACAAUCCCAUGGAUGUUCCCACAGCCACAGAGGUUUCACAUCCAGCCGUAAAGGAUAGUGACAUCAGACUUGCCUCAAACCCAGGGGCAAAGUGCUGCAUGGACAGUGACACAGAUGUAGAUGAAGAAGAUAAUGAGGAUCCUUUCAAGUCUUUACCAGGCAAGGUUGCAGAGAAUCAAAAGGUUUCUACAGGCAGCAAAGUAGAGCAACCAGAAAAAAGCACCCAUAAACAAACCCAUCCUUUCCAAGCACAUAAUCAUCAUGAGGAACCCACCCUAGCUUUUGACAACUUAGACGACUGGGACCUACAGCCCACACAGGCAUACGGGGGUACUGGAGCCAAUGCUGGUAUCAUGCCAAAGGAAGUGGAUCUUGAGGCUACACAGGCAUACGGAGCAGAUACAGGCAGAGAGGACGAAGAGGAGCCUCUCAGUCGUAGUGAAGUUCACUCAAACCUUUCCACUGCUGAAACACAGCUCAUCCCUACAGCAAAGAGUAAUGAUGAAGAUUAUGAUGAAGAGAUGCCAGAUGACUUUAACCUCUCCACAGCAGACACUCUGAUCCUCGCCAGCACCCCAAGACGAGACGAGCAGACGCAACAUUUCGCUCUCUUCACUGCCCCAACGCAACUCAUUUGGGAGGGAGAAGAGAAAGAGGUGGAUCAGAGUGAGCCGGUCCAGUUGGUGGAGGCUGAUACCAUCGAUGAAACACAAGAUUGUGAGAAGGAGAAUAUUAAUUGGGGUAGAAAGAGGAGCCAUGUUGGGGGAAGGAUGCAAAAAUAUAAAACCAACUCCACCUCUCAACUCAUCAUUGCUGAAACACAACCGAUGUGUGAGGAUGAAUAUGCUUCAAAUGAAGGUCAAAACAGUGCGACCACUAGCAAGCAUACAGGUGAAGAUGAACACAAACAUCUUAGAGAAGAACCCUCUAGUUCCCAUGUCACAAUUGCUGAAACACAACCUAUGUUUGAGGAAGAUGAAACACUAAAUACGGAUCUGAAGGAUCGGGUCAACUCUAGGAGACCGCAGGGAGAAGAACAUGAAUCUACACAGGUUAAUAAAAGCUCGGCUUCCCAUCUUGUCAUUGCUGAAACGCAGCCAAUGUGUGAGGGUGAAGGGACAUCUGAUGAAGGUCUUAACAGUGCUGUCAGCAGCAGAAACACACAUGAUGAACCCAAAAAUAUUAGAGAAGAACCGUCUAGCUCUCAUGUCACCAUUGCUGAAACACAACCUGUGUUUGAGGAAGAGCUAAAGAUUGAGGUAAACUCUGGGAAACUAGACACAAGACAGGCAAAAGAACAUGAAUCAACACAGCUCACUGAUAAAAUUUCCAGUUCCACAAAUCUAGAUGAAAAUAAACCUGUGGAGCAUCCUGAAACCCCCUCCCCGCCUGCCAUUACUGUCACUGAAACACAGCCUAUGUGUGAGGAACAAGAGACACCACAGGAAGAUCAGAAUAAUGCAGGUCCAGACAGAUCUAACCAACUCCAAAAAACACAGCCUGUGCAUGAGGAAGAUGAAGGACAGGACAAAGAGCUCAGUAGUAAGAUAUCUAGCAGAAGAUCACGCAGAGGAAGACCAAAAAAACAAGAGGAGGUCUCACAGCCUGCUGAGGGUGUUGUCCAUCACACUAUUUCAGAAUCUCAACCAAUUUGCGAGGAAGAAAAUAAAAACGAUGAAGAUCUGAACGUCGGAAUGAAAUCCAGAAGGAAUCGCAGGGGGAGACCAAGUAAAAAGGACGACGUUCCACAACCUGCUGAGUCUGAGGAAAAAACUGAGGAGGAAGAUGUGAACAGUGGCAUCAGAUCUAAGAGAUCCCGCAGAGGAAGACAAACAGAUGAAGCUGAACCUGCAGAGUCCCAUGAACCAAAUUCUGAUCUCAACGUUGUCGAAGAAGACCCUGCAAAUGCAGGGAGCUCAUGUCAGACGAGAAAAACUGGUGGCAGAAAACAAAGAAAAGAGAAGACAGAUCAGGAAAAUGAGUCGGGUACGUCUUCUAAAGGCCCAGGAAGAGCUAGGAAAGGGCAGGAGGGGAAAAGAAAUAGGAGAAGAGCAUUAUCUGAGGAAGAGGAGGAAAGUGAAGAAGAAAAAACAAGAAGGUGGGGAACAAGAAGGACUGGAAUGAAACAGAAAUGUACGGAAAAGGUAGGAGAGGAAGAAUUGGUGGAGAACAUCGAGAACAAUGUCCAAGAGGAGAAAGAGAAACUUGAAAAGGAGCUGCAAGAACAGGAGGCGAGAGCGAGAUUAGAAAGAGAGGAACAAGAGAGAUUGGAAUGUGAAAGAAGGGAAAAUGAAGAACCUGAAGAGAGAGAAAGGCAAAAGCUCGAACGAGAGCAGAAGGAAUUAGAAGAGAAAGAACGACUGAAAAGGGAAGAAGAGGAAAAGCAGAAAGAAGAAAAUGAGAGAAUGGACCAAUUAAAGAGGGAAAAAGAUCGGUUGGAAAAAGAGUUGAAAGAAAAAUUAGAGAGACAACGGCUUGAAAAGGAAGAGGAGGAAAGAAUCCAGAGAGAGAAGAUGGAGAAAGAGCUAAAAGAGAAGGAGCAUUUACAAAGACUAGAGGUGGAGAGAGAACAAUUAGAGAAGGAGAGACAAGAAAAUGAGAUGCUUGAGAUGGCAGCACAAGCACAACUGAAAAGCGAACAAAAAGACACAAACCAACAGGAAGAACAAAAGAAUGAGACGCUGGAGGAGAAAAACACAGAGCUAAACGCUUUUGUAGUUUCUCCCAAUGAUGAUGUCCCUGUCAGACGAUCACGCCGCCAUUCUAACUCCUCUGUGAACUCGGAACAAUCAGUAUCAUCACAACAGGAGCAGUCCAGUCAGAGAGGCAGAGGGAGGGGCAGGGGGCGGGGCCAAGGGAGACCGACAACUACCGAACAGCCAGUUGGUGGCAGACAAAGCGGCAGGAGAAAAACCAUCCCAGGGCCUGCUGAUGAUGUUGAAAAAACAGAGCAGGGGUCCAUAACUCCUUCCCGAUCUCGCUCUAGUUCUAGAAGUGCUGACAGAUCAUCUAAUAGCAUUGGAACUCAAAAUCAAGUGACGAGAGGUAGAGGAAGAGGCAGGAAGAGCGUGAAAUUACCAGAACCAGAGGAGGAAGUUUUCCAACCUAAAACCCCAGGGCGGGGCAGAGGGAGACCGACAACUACCGAACAGCCAGUUGGUGGCAGACAAAGCGGCAGGAGAAAAACCAUCCCAGGGCCUGCUGAUGAUGUUGAAGAAACAGAGCAGGGGUCCAUAACUCCUUCCCGAUCUCGCUCUAGUUCUAGAAGUUCUGACAGAUCGUCUAAUAGCAUUGGAACUCAAAAUCAAGUGACGAGAGGUAGAGGAAGAGGCGGGAAGAGCGUGAAAUUACCAGAACCAGAGGAGGAAGUUUUCCAACCUAAAACCCCAGGAAGGGGCAGGGGGAAAGGAAGCAUGAAAGGAACAAAUGUUGAGAUAAACACUAAGCAAGAUGAAGAGGUAGUCGAAGAGGCUGUCGUGCCUCAAACCAACAGUAGAGGGCGUAAGAGAACAGCCACUGCCAGCACAUCCUCAGUAGAGACUCCGCCACCCGCACCUAAGACACCAAGACGUUCCACAGCCAGUCAGAUGCAAAAGGUUUUAUUUACUGGGCUGACGGAUGAGGAUGGAGAAAGAGUGGUAGCCCAGUUGGGUGGCAGCCUGGCAAAGGGGGUGAAUGAUAUGACUCACCUGGUGACCGAUAAAGCUAGACGCACUGUUAAAUUUCUAUGUGCAAUUGCCAGAGGAGUGCCUAUUGUGACCCCUGACUGGCUCAAGAAGUGUGGCAAAGCCGGCCAUUUCCUUUCUGCUGAUGAAUAUUUAUUGAAGGAUGUUGAGCAGGAGAAGAAGUUUAGUUUCAGCCUACAGGCGGCACUGCAGGCGGCUCUACGUCAACCUCUUUUGAAGGGUUAUGAGAUUCAUGUGACACCAUCAGUGAUGCCAGAGCCAUCUCAGAUGAAAGAAAUCAUUACCUGUUGUGGAGCACGUUUCCUUCCUAAAAUGCCCUCUGCUCAUAAGGAUCAAACAGUGGUGGUGUCAUGUGAGCAGGACAGGGCGCUUUGUGAGAAGGCAUCGAGAAUGUCAUUGCCCGUGGUCAGUACAGAGUUUCUAUUGACUGGCAUUCUGCAGCAGAAAGUUGACUGGCAGGCCUAUUCUCUCACAUCCUCUCUCAACGCAGCCAAUCAGACCGCAGCUCCCAAAGCGCCAGCCAGGGGCCGUAGGAAGUAGUGCCAAUGACAUAGGGAAGGACUUAUCGUGUAUUACAUUUUUGUUCAGUCUGUUUCUGUUCAGUAGAUGGCUUAGGAUGAAUAUGAGAAUGCAUUAAAUCCUAAUUUUAAGAAUUAAUGAAUACAGCUUGAUUGUGAAAUGCUGCCAUGCUUGUAAACCACACAUCCAUUGAUUCCUGUGAACGUGGUAGCUUAAAGACGGUGUGAGAGGAGGCUGUUCAUGAAUGAUGAGUGUGUUAAAGCCAGAAUAAGCUCCCCUGAUUUUUAAGCUAUUAAAAAUGCCCUAAGAGCCAGAAUAAAAAACAGUUGCAUAAAAUUGCCAGUUUCUUUAAAGAGCAUUUUUACAAGUUGUAUAAGCAAAUGUAUGCAAAUGUGUUAUACAAUUAUAAUGAAUAAACAUUUACAUUUUUAAUGUGA